AUGAUGCAACAUGUUUCAAUUAUCAAGUAACGUAUGUACACAAAUUCCUACAGUAUCACCGUAUUCAAUUCACUGCCUUGGUAACUCUUAUUGGAAGUACAGUGUUGGUUUGAGACGCUUUUUCUAAGCUAAAAACUAUGGCGCCAGUUGUUGAAAAAAUUGCAGAACUUGGCAAGUAUACAGUUGGAGAAGGUCCUCACUGGGAUCAUGAAACUCAGACCUUAUAUUUCGUCGACACCGUAGAGAAAACUUUUCAUAAAUAUGUACCUUCUCAGAAAAAAUACACGUUUUGUAAAGUAGAUAAACUGGUUUCUUUCAUUAUUCCCCUUGCUGGAUCCCCUGGCCGUUUUGUAGUCAGUUUGGAACGUGAAAUAGCCAUUCUUACAUGGGAUGGCGUUAGUGCUGCACCUACAAGCAUAGAAGCUAUUGUUAAUGUCGAACCACACAUUAAAAAUAACAGACUCAAUGAUGGCAAAGCAGAUCCUCUUGGCAAUCUAUGGACAGGUACAAUGGCUAUUGACGCUGGUCUCCCCGUAGGACCGGUCACUGGCAGUUUAUAUCAUUUAGGGGCUGAUAAAAAGGUAAAAAUGCACGAGAGCAACAUAGCUAUAGCAAAUGGGCUCGCGUGGAGUAAUGAUUUGAAGAAAAUGUAUUAUAUUGAUUCGGGAAAAAGAAGAGUAGACGAGUACGAUUAUGAUGCUUCUACAUUAUCCAUCAGCAAUCAACGGCCAUUAUUUACUUUUGAAAAGCAUGAAGUGCCUGGAUAUCCAGAUGGUCAAACAAUUGAUGAGGAGGGUAAUUUAUGGGUUGCCGUUUUCCAAGGACAGCGAAUUAUUAAAAUCAGUACCCAACAACCGGAAGUGUUACUGGAUACCGUAAAAAUACCAGAUCCUCAGGUCACCUCUGUUGCAUUUGGCGGGCCGAAUUUGGAUGAACUGUAUGUAACAUCUGCUGGUCUUCAGCUUGACGACAGUUCUUUUGACAAAAGUUUAGUUAAUGGGCACGUCUACAGAGUAACAGGUUUAGGCGUCAAAGGUUUCGCGGGAGUUAAAGUGAAGCUAUGAAACAUUUCAUGUGACUUUUGUAUUUUGUUAUACUAUCGGCGAAUAAAAUAUGAAUAAAUCAAAA